GAAUCCAAAUCACUCACCCCAAUAUCUACAAGCAAUUACUACAAACAUCUCUCUCUCUCUCUCUCUCUCUCUCUCUCUAGAUCCGCCAUAGCCAAAAGCUUCUUCUUCCUCCCACAAGCUCAAGCUGCAGGUAAGGAAGGACUUCCACAUUAAAUUACACAGCGAACCAGUCGGACUAUUUAGGAAUUUCACAUUCUCUGCAUUUUCUUGAAAUCUCUCUACGAUUUCUCCGGCGAUACAGAGAGGCGUCCAAGGAACUCUUUGCACUCUCUUCAGUUCCUCCCCGUCGCAAUCGCCCUCCGCAGCUUCUAUAUAAACCAACAAAUUUUUUCUUCCUUUAAAAUUAGAAAUCAGAGAGAAGAAAUGGGUUUUGCAUGGCGGAAUUUCUUCUCUGCUGCUCUUACCGGAAUUCUCCUCUGCCAUGUCUGUUCUUCCGCUCAAAAAGUUCCCAAAUUCGAUUUCAUGCGAAAUGCAGCAGAGGCUCCGGCGGUGUCACACUACGACUACAUAAUCGUAGGAGGUGGGACGGCGGGAUGUCCGUUGGCGGCGACGCUGUCGGAAAAUCACAAGGUAUUGCUGUUAGAACGCGGUGGUUCUCCGUACGGAAACUCCAAUAUCACCAACUUAUCGGCCUUCGGCGCCGCACUUGCCGACCUGUCGGAAUCGUCGCCGUCGCAACGUUUCGUGUCGGAGGACGGCGUGAUCAACGCUCGCGCUCGUGUCCUCGGCGGCGGAAGCUGCCUGAAUGCCGGAUUUUACUCACGUGCGUCACUUGAUUACGUCAGGGAGGCGGGAUGGGACGCGAAGUUGGUGAACGAGUCGUAUGAGUGGGUGGAGAGGGUGGUGGCGUUCGAACCGCGGAUGGGGAAGUGGCAGUCGGCGGUGAGGGGCGGUUUGGUUGAUGUGGGUGUGGUGCCUGAUAAUGGGUUCACCUAUGAUCACUUAUAUGGUACUAAAGUGGGUGGCACCAUUUUCGAUCGUCACGGACAUAGACACACAGCUGCUGAUCUUUUGACCUAUGCCAACCCUCCUAAUCUAACUCUCUUCCUCUACGCCACUGCACAUACCAUCCUUUUCCAAACUAAAGGACGCAAAAGGCCAAGGGCCCACGGAGUGGUCUUCGAAGACUCGAAGGGAAUCAAACACAGAGCGUACCUAAGGAAUGGGCCUGAGAGCGAAGUAAUCAUAUCAGCGGGCUGUCUUGGAAGCCCACAACUUCUGAUGCUAAGUGGACUGGGCCCGGCCCAACAUCUAAAGGCCCAUAACAUUACUGUGCUUUUGGAUCAGCCCAUGGUCGGGCAGAGGGUGUCCGAUAACCCAAUGAACGCCGUUUUCGUUCCAUCCCCCGUUCCGGUGGAGGUGUCGUUGAUUGAGGUCGUCGGAAUUACCCAUAACGGAACGUACAUCGAAGCCGCCAGCGGCGAGAGCUUCGCCGGCGGCCCUUCUUCCAGAGACUUCGGCAUGUUCUCUCCUAAGAUCGGUCAGCUAUCGACAGUGCCACCGAAGCAAAGAACACCAGAAGCCAUAGCCGAAGCCUGGGAGCUUAUGAACAAACUGGACGAAGCCGCAUUCAGAGGCGGCUUCAUCCUUGAAAAGAUAAUGGGCCCACUCUCCUCGGGUCAUUUGGAGCUCCGAACCCGAGACCCGAACGACAACCCGUCCGUCACAUUCAACUACUUCAAAGAUCCGACUGACCUACACCGUUGCGUCGCCGGCAUAAACAUAAUCCGGCGAAUCAUCGAGUCAAAAUCCUUCGCCAAGUUCCGAUACCAAAACGUGUCGAUGGCGACGCUUCUGAAUAUGACGGCGAGUGCUCCGAUCAACCUGCUGCCGAAGCACGACAACUUGUCGAGGUCGACGGAGCAGUACUGCAGAGACACGGUGAUGACGAUCUGGCAUUACCACGGCGGCUGCCAGACGGGGUCGGUGGUGGAUUCCGAUUACAGGGUUUUAGGAGUGGAUUCGUUACGGGUUGUUGAUGGCUCCACUUUUCAUGAUUCCCCUGGAACUAACCCUCAGGCUACCGUCAUGAUGCUCGGCAGGUACAUGGGAGUCAGAAUAUUGAGGGAAAGGUUUGAGAGAAGCACUGAAAAAAUAAAAUGAGAGCGAAGAGAAAAAUAUUAUACAAUUACCAUAAUGCCCUUAUCUAAUAUAUUUUUCUUUGUGCCCUUAGUUUUAUAUAUCUAAUUUGUACUCAUUUUAAAACAUUAUACAAUAAAUUAUUUAUGUCUUAUUU